AUGGCAGAGACGACGAUCUUCCGGACAGUGCAGAGCGAAGCGUACCCAGACGAGGUGGCUACUUUGUCCGUAGCGCGCGGACAGCAGACGCCGAGACGUCAGGUGGAGCUGGAGCGAACCAGUCAGAUCCGGAAGCUGUCGCCGUUCAUGGACGAAACGGGUGUGAUUCGGUCGGAUUCUCGGAUUUCCGAGGCAACGUUUGCGUCGCACGACACUCGGUUCCCGAUUAUCCUACCGAAAGGCCAUCAGGUGACGAACGUGCUGCUGUUUUGGUAUCAUCGGAAGUUUCUUCACUCCAACGGCGAAACGGUCGUGAACGAAGUGAGACAGCGAUUUUUCGUAUCCAUGUUGCGUACGGAGGUGCGAAAAAUUCCAAAGAAGUGUCCACUGUGCAAGCUGAAGCGAGCGAUGGAAGGAAAAACUUUGGCUACUCCACGCAUGGCCCCACUCCCUGCAGCGAGGCUGCAGGCCUUCGAACGGCCGUUCUCCUGCACCGGUAUCGAUUACUUCGGACCGAUCGCCGUACGAGUGAAUCGUAGCACGCCUAAGAGGUGGGUCGCGUUAUUCACGUGCCUGACUACCCGCGCCGUGCAUCUCGAGGUGGUGCACACGCUGACAACCGAGUCCUGCAAGCAAGCGAUUCGGCGGUUUAUCGGACGCAGAGGCGCGCCGGCGGAGAUUCGUACAGAUCGAGGAACGAACUUCGUAGGAGCAAACAACGAGCUGCGAAUGGAGAUGAACAAGCUGGACGGCCAACUAGCGGAAGCGUUCACCAACACCAACACGCGAUGGGUUUUCAACCCGCCAGCUGCGCCCCACAUGGGAGGCGCUUGGGAGCGGUUAGUGAGGUCGGUGAAGACUGCGUUGGCAGCGAUGUACACCUCCAGGGUACCAAACGAGGAGACCUUGGCGACUCUGUUGGUGGAAGCAGAGAGCAUCGUCAACUCAAGGCCGCUUACGUUCAUCCCACUACAGUCCGAGCAACAAGAAGCGUUGACGCCGAACCACUUUCUGUUGUUGAGCUCACGAGGAGUGGUACAGCCCCCGAAGACCUGGAUGGAACCAAAACUGGCCUGUAGAGGAGAUUGGCAGCUUUGUCAGACGAUGCUGGAUCAGUUCUGGCGGCGUUGGGUACGGGAGUAUCUACCGACGAUUGCCCGUAGAACAAAGUGGCUGGAGGAGUCCAAGCCGCUCGAGCUAGGCGACUUGGUAAUAGUGGUGGAGGAGAAGAUACGGAAUGGCUGGAUAAGAGGACGGGUCGUGGAGGUCUGCCCAGGACGAGAUGGGAGAGUACGAGAUGCGGUGGUGCAGACAGCGGACGGUUUCCUGCGACGACCAGUGGCAAAGUUGGCACGCUUGGACUUGAAUGGGUGUAAGACUGAACCGGAAGUUUCGGACCAGCUUAACGGGUCGGGGAACUGUUCCGACGCGGCGCAAGAAAUGUCAUCGUCGAAAACCCCCCGGCGUGAUCAUAUUUGCAACACUGCGACGGCCAACAGCGCUCAGAUGGACAGGGAUAGAACCAGAUCCCAAACAGUCGGUGACGUCGUUGCUACGAAACGUCAAAGCGAAUGAUAGGAAAAAAAAACGUUUGUUAACCAACGAAAACGAAAGUGGUGCGAAAAGUUCGGAAAGUGGAAUUUGUGCGAUUAAGGGAGAAAAACGUCUGCAUUUAGUUGAUUUUUAUUCUUUUGUGCAACUACACUCGUGAGUAGGUGUUGGAGAGAUAACUUAUCUAAAACUAAUCCUAACUUAAUCUAAUCAGGAAGAUCGCAGGGGAACUGCUCUCCUCAUCUGCUGCUGUAAAAAGGGGCCUUAAUUUGUAGGUUAUCUGUGCGUGAGUAGAAAGAAACAUAAAUUAGUUGGAAUAAUUAAAUUAGCUAAAAAAUACUUACCUUCGAUAGUUGCCCGCACGUCCAGCGAUAAGUGUCAUUAGGAGUUGAAUUCGGAGUUAAACUAGGGUGACCGAUCUUUUAGCAAUACUUACACU